UUCUCACCACAGCGUUUGUAUCGGACUGAAACUUAAAGCACCAGCAGAAUUCUUCAGAAACUCCAACGACACAACAAGUUUACCGCAGAAGAAAGAACAAAAACAAGAACAAGAAGAAGAGUAAGAAGACAGUAGAUGAAGAGUUGUUUAGAUGGAGGAUCUGUGCAGUGUGAGCGGUCUGGAUCCUCUCUGGGACUGGAACCUGACCUGGUAUACCCCCCGACCAGACCUGACCCAGUGUUUCCAGCACACUGUACUUGUGUGGUUCCCCUGUAUUUACCUUUGGACCUGUUCUCCGUUUUACCUGUUGUACCUGCAGCUCCGCCCCCACAGAGGCGUCAUCCCGCUGUCCAAACUCUGCUGCAGCAAGAUGCUCCUGGGUCUCAGUUUGGCUUCCUUCGGUCUUCUGGAGAUGUUUUAUUUCCUGGUGAAGAAGAAUGAGCUUCAGAACCACAUGUUGAUCCUGAUGGGUCCACUGAUCCGGAGCCUCACUCUGGUUCUUGCUGUUGUUAUAAUCCAAGUAGAGAGGAUGAAGGGCAGUCGUUCGUCUGUCCCCCUCUUCCUAUUCUGGACUCUUCUGGUUCUUUGUUCGCUCGUUCGUCUGAAGGUUGAUGUCGAGCAGAUAAUUGAUCAGGGUUUUUCAUCAGACGCUGCUCGUUUCGUGGCUUUCUUCAUCUGUUUUUCCCUCCAACUCAUCGAGCUCGUCCUUAGUUGCUUCUCCGACUGCCGACCACUCUCUUACAAACACACCUACGUCCAGAAUCAGUGUCCAGAAGAAGAUGCCUCGUUUCUCUCCAAGUUUUUCUUCUUCUGGUUCAGCAGUUUGGUGUUUCAGGGUUACCGGCACCCCCUGCAGGCUGCAGACCUGUGGUCUCUGCGGGACCAGGACUCAUCGAUCCGGAUCAUGACAGACUUGGAAAAGUUCUGGACUCAGAAGUGCAAACAGCUGCAUGAGGAGCCUGCUGGCUCCCUGUCCCGGUCCCGUUCCUGUUCCUGGCGAUCAUGGUCCAGGUCCUGGCCCGGUGGUUCUGCCACGCCAACAGAAAAAACACAGCUGCUGAAGAAGAACAGGAAGGGGCGUGGCUACAGCUUCUUCCUCCUGCACGCUCUGUGGCGUAGCUUGGGGCUGUACUUCCUGUGUGGGACACUGUGUCUCCUCCUGCAUGACGCCUUCAUGUUUGCUGUGCCGCAGGUGCUCAGUUUGCUGCUGGGCUUCAUGCGGGAUAAAGAUGCUGCGACGUGGAAAGGAUUCCUGUUCGCCUCGCUGCUCUUCCUGCUGUCCUGCCUGCAGUCUCUCCUCCAUCAUCAGUACAUGUUUCACUGCUUCACCGUUGGAAUGAGAGUGAAGACAGCCGUCAUGGGACUCGUGUACAGGAAGUGUCUGCUGAUCAGCAGUGCAGCUCGGCGGCAGUGUACUUCAGGAGAAAUCAUUAAUCUGAUUUCAGCCGACACUCAGAAGCUGAUGGACUUUGUGGUUUAUUUCAACAGUAUUUGGAUCACUCCCAUCGAGAUCGCACUCUGCUUCUACUUCCUGUGGCAGCUCCUCGGCCCAUCUGCUCUGGCUGGCAUCACUGCUGUUGUUCUGAUCUUUCCUCUGAAUGGAUUCAUCGCUAAAAUAAGAAGCAAGCUACAGGAGGCUCAGAUGAAGUUCAUGGAUGACCGGAUCAAGCUGAUGAAUGAAAUCUUGAGUGGUGUGAAGAUCCUGAAGUUUUACGCCUGGGAAGAAGCUUUCCUGCGACGUGUUGGCGCCCUAAGAGAUGGAGAACUCCAGGCCCUGAAGAAAUCUCAGAUCCUCUACUCCGUCUCUCUGGCUUCCUUCAACUCCUCCUCGUUUCUGAUCGCCCUCUCAGUGUUUGCCGUGUACGUGCUGAUUGACGAGCGAAACGUUCUGGAUGCUCAGAAAAUCUUUGUCUCUGUUGCUCUCAUCAACAUCCUGAAAACUCCUCUGAGUCAGCUUCCCUUCGCCAUGAGCACCACCAUGCAGGCCAUCAUCUCACUGAGACGUCUGGGAAACUUCCUGUGCCAAGAUGAACUGAAGCCUGGUAAUGUGGAGAGACUUCCCUACAGCACAGACGGACACGGUGUGGUGAUCGAGGGAGGAUCCUUCUCCUGGACCGAUGACGGGCCGCCAUGUCUGCAGAGGAUCAACAUGAAGGUGAAGACGGGCUCCCUGGUGGCUGUGGUCGGCCAUGUUGGCUCAGGGAAGUCAUCUCUGCUGUCGGCCAUGUUGGGAGAGAUGGAGAGGAGGAGCGGCUUCGUCUCCAUCAAGGGUUAGGUGGCCUACGUCCCCCAGCAGGCCUGGAUCCAGAACGCCUCUCUGAAGGACAACAUUCUGUUUGGUGGAGAGAGGAAGGAGAGCUGGUACCAUCGUGUGCUGGAGGCCUGCGCCUUGCUGCCGGACCUGGACAUCCUGCCUGCUGGAGACAGCACAGAGAUCGGGGAGAAGGGUCUGAACCUGUCUGGAGGUCAGAGGCAGAGGGUGAGUCUGGCUCGAGCAGUGUACAGGAAGUCAGAUGUCUACCUGCUGGACGACCCGCUGUCGGCCGUUGAUGCUCACGUGGGACAACACAUCUUUGAUCGAGUCAUUGGACCCAGAGGACUCCUCAAAGACAAGACCCGGGUGCUGGUAACUCACGGCCUCAACUUCCUGUCUAAAGCAGACCUGAUCCUGGUAAUGGAGGAGGGUCAGAUCUCAGAGAUGGGCUCCUACAUGGAGCUGAUGGACAGGAAAGGAACCUUCGCCAAAUUCAUCCACAGAUUCAAUGGAAACCAGCGCAGAGAGAGCCCCACCCCCAGAGACAGGAGCAGCAGGAAGUCAGUGUCUCGCCUCAGUAUGACGGAUUUCUCCAUCGAUCUUUCUCAGGAGCAGCUGAUCAGCUGUGAUAUGAGCAGUGCCAGUGUUCAGAUGAUGAAGGCUGUUGAUCAGGACUUAGAUGCUGAGGAUGCUGGGAAGCUUACAGAGGUUGACAAGGCUCACACAGGGAGGGUGAAGCUGCAGAUGUACAGAGAGUACUUCAGGACUGUCGGCCUGACCGUCAUCAUGACCAUCAUCUUCCUCUGUGCCUUCCAGCAGGCCGCUUCGUUGGCCUACAACUAUUGGCUGAGCUUGUGGGCUGACGAACUGCCCGUCAACGGCACGCAAAGCGACCACGAGCUGAAACUGAGUGUGUUCGCAGCUCUGGGUUGCACUCAGGGGAUGGCCAUGUUUGGGACAACGCUUGCCAUCGCUCUGGGUGGUAUCGUAGCAUCGCGUCACCUUCACGCUGACCUUCUCCACAGCGUCCUACACUCGCCAAUGUCUUUCUUCGAGGUGACGCCCAGCGGAAACCUCCUGAACCGCUUCUCCAAAGAGAUCGACGCAAUCGACUGCAUGAUUCCUGACGGGCUGAAAAUGAUGCUGGGCUACCUGUUCAAGCUGCUGGAGGUCUGCAUCAUUUUGUUGUUGGCCACGCCCUUCACAGGGCUGGUGCUCCUCCCCCUCACCUGUGUCUACAUCUUCAUACAGAGUUUCUACGUGGCGUCGUCAUGUCAGCUGCGACGACUGGAGGCCGUUAGUCGCUCACCGAUCUACAGCCACUUCAAUGAGACGGUACAGGGUGCGAGCGUCAUCCGUGCCUUUGGCGAACAGGGAUGCUUCGUCCUACGGGCCAACCGUCGCAUUGACACCAACCAGGAAGCUUACUUCCCUCGCUUUGUUGCCACCAGAUGGCUGGCGGUGAAUCUGGAGUUUUUGGGGAAUCUGUUGGUGUUGGCUGCAGCCAUUCUGUCUGUGCGAGGUCGGGAUGAACUCAGCCCAGGCAUCGUGGGAUUGGCAGUGUCACACUCUCUCCAGGUGACUGGAAUCCUGAGCUGGAUUGUUCGAUCCUGGACUGAUGUGGAGAACAACAUUGUGUCGGUGGAGAGAGUCAAAGAGUACGGCAACACACUCAAAGAGGCAGCAUGGACCCUUGAGGACAGUUUGCUGCCAGCCUCCUGGCCAACCACUGGAAACAUCCAGUUUGAAGACUAUGGACUGCAGUACCGUAAAGGUUUGGACUGGGCUUUAAAUGACAUCUCCAUCAACAUCCAGGACAAAGAAAAGGUGGGGAUUGUUGGAAGGACGGGAGCUGGGAAGUCGUCUCUGGCUUUGGGGAUCUUCCGGAUUCUGGAAGCAGCAAAGGGACAAAUCCUUAUUGAUGGGAUCAAUAUUGCUCAGAUUGGCCUUCAUGAUCUCCGCUCCAGAAUCACCAUCAUUCCUCAGGACCCUGUGCUGUUUUCUGGUUCUCUGAGGAUGAACCUUGACCCCUUUAAUAACUGUUCAGAGGAGGAUCUGUGGAAAGCUCUGGAACUGGCUCAUCUCAGCAACUUUGUGUCUGCAUUGCCACAAAAACUGGACUAUCAGUGCUGUGAAGGAGGAGAGAACCUCAGUCUGGGUCAGAGGCAGCUGCUGUGUUUGGCCAGAGCUCUCCUGAGGAAGACCAGGAUCUUGGUUUUGGAUGAGGCAACAGCAGCUGUGGACCUCAAGACAGACCAGCUGAUCCAGUCCACCAUUCGUACUCAGUUUGAUGAUUGUACAGUACUAACCAUCGCACACCGCCUCAACACCAUCAUGGACUACACUAGGGUGAUUGUGAUGGAGCGAGGCUCCAUUGUAGAGAUGGACUCCCCCUCUCAGCUCCUCCGCCUGCAGGGUCACUUCUAUCAGAUGUGUCUUGAAGCUGGUUUGGUCUAACAUAAGUUUAUUGUUUAUUUAUAAACAAACUGUUUGAUGCUGGAGUGACGUACAAAUCUCUCAGAGACACUUUAAACAACAGUAACAAUGUUUUAUUAUCCAGCUGUCAGAAACAUGAAUUUGUGUUUACACUGAGCAUGUGCAGUUAGUCAUGUGACUGCUUCACUAGCUACAAGCUAACAGGCUAACAGUGUUUUCUGAAAGUAAGGCUCAAUCAGUUAGUAAAACAUCAAAACUCGUGGCAAAUAUUCAUCUGAUUCUAUCGUCAUGAUGACAUCAGCAGGUGGGCGGGUCCACCUGAUCCCUGAUUUGAUUAGUUUUUGUGAUCUGAUGAAAGUGUUUGUGUUUUUAGGAUCCUUUAGUGCUUCUGAUCAUCGCCUCCAUCAUCUUCCACUGAUCUGGGGUCACCUGAGACACAAACACAUUAUUAUUUUCAUCUCUAACACUUUAAAUGUAAAUCAUGACCAUGUCAGAAAUAAAGUCUGAAUCAUCAUCAACAUAUAUCCUUCAUAUAUCUGUGUGUUCUUUGAUCUAAAUAUUCCAAACUACUAAGUGAAAUAAAGGAGUGGACACAU